AUGACCGACCACGCCACCAGCGGCAAAGCUGAGCCUGCCCAGACAGUCACAGCCGACAUUAAACAGAAGGAGACCAGCACAGAAUCUGCCGAACCUCCGUAUGGGGGUGCAGAUCACCAGGUUGCCACGCCUAAGAAAGAGGAGAGCAGCUUGACCAAGCAAUCAGGAAGUGCCAGGAAGCAAAUUCGCACCCCAGCGACAUUCAGUGUUGCUACGGAGGAUCACGUCCGGGGGAUGAUGAAUCAGGCCCGUAGAGUGCUGCAUGAAGAUGGAAACGCGAGUGAGGCAGGAGACAACUCCAAGGACAUGGCUUUGCUGGCCACGAAUCUCGUGCAGCUCAUGAAUGCUUCUUUCAUUGCCACUGACACCAUCGUUCGCGCCAUUGCCUACAUGAGAGGUGACAGUCAGCUUUCUGCUCGCAGUGCUAUCUUCCAAGCCAGACGUGAUCGCCGUGCGCAGAAGGAAGCUGAGCGACCACUCAAGGACGUGAAGAACAGUUCCUCGCGCACGGCUUCCUCAGGUGGUGUGGGAGCUGGGAACAAGUCCGCCAUGUCAAAUGGAAAAAGAACCUCUGACAAUACGAAAGUCAGUGCCGACGCCGGUCCAAACCAGGAAAACACUCCACCUGUCAGCGGGGACCAGCAACACAAGUUACAAUCACUUCAGCAAAAACUCAAUAGGAAGAAGAGCCGCCGGGCCUGGAACAACCGACGCCCCUUGCAAAAGCCAAAGGAUAGCAUGAACUCCGAGGUGCAAGGAAACAAGGCAGAUGUGACGAAUAGCACGGUCAAUGGCGUGAUCGAAUCAAAGGACAAUGUGGAAAAGAAGAUAGUGGUGGGGGAGCACAAGCCCGAGACGUCUGGAGAUGAGGCUAUCGUUAAGGCUGAUGGUUUAAUUAUUACUGUCAAGGCCUGA